CGAGGCAUCGCUGUUACUAUCGAUACCCGCUCGGACAAGCAGAUCAGUAUAUCGAUAUCCUCGUGUGUCGCUAUUCCCGAGAAUCCCGAGGGAGAAGAAAAAGAACAGGAGUGAGCAGUCGAUGACGCUGAUGACGCUGUGUCGUGAAUCGUGCGAACGCAAAAUAUAACCUCUCUGGCACAUAAGAUGCGCCAGCUUUUGUCGGUCCAGUCAGAGACACCACUAUUUCAAGAAACCUGAUCUCGCCUGGCUGCGUGCCUCACACGCGUUUGUGCGUCCCACGAUCAAACAAUUUCGUCUCCACGAUCCUCAUCGGCCGCUCAUCAUGAAAGUGAUCGUGAAGAAGCUGCAAGGAAAAGAGUGCGUCGUUGACAUAUUGCCGUCAGAGACAGUGUUGGAGUUAAAGCACAAAGUAAGCGAUCUCUUGGGCAUCGAUGUACCACAGCAAAGAUUAUUACUCACUGGCAAGACUUUAGCGGAUGAAAAUCCGCUAAGUUUUUAUCCGGGGAUCAAAGAUGGCAGUAAGUUAAAUCUUUUGGUGAUCAAGAAAGCAGAGGAAGGCUCCAGCGAAGCGAGAUCUUUGCCCCAACAGAAAGCCGGUAUCCAUCUGCUGAGAGAAGAGGUCUCACGGGUACUUAGGCAUUAUUAUACAGUAUCCGAGACAGAGUCCAUAGUCAAUGAGUUGAUAAAGGACUUGAAAAAUAAAGUGAAUAAUCUUAGUUAUGAUGAUCUAGAGAGACUAGCCACUGCGUUACUCCAGGACCAAGAGAACGUAGCUUAAGGAUUAUUCAAGAUUAUCCAAUUUUCGCUUACCAAUUGAUUAUUGUAAUACGAGUUUAUUUAAUUGAAGCAUUGCCUUAUAUAUCGAGUCCUUUAAUAAUUGGUAUUGUGUAUUGUAAUUUAAAGCGCGAUCAUACUGACUAAGCAAGACUUGAAACUUAAUGUACUAUUUACUACGUUUGGAAUCUAAGGAUAAUCUUAUGUGAAGUUUAUUAAAAAUCUCUGUAUGUACACAGACAUAUAUCAUGUCGCGUCAUAAAUAAUUGUAUGCACAAUAGGAAAUUGUUAAGGAUCUGCCAAGUCUAAUUGACGAAAGUAUCUCGCUACUAGACAGAUGAAUAAGUUCAGCGCUCCCAACUCCUGCGCGUCCAAUUCUCUCUAAAAAAAAAACACAAAAAAGAAAUAGCGAGAUCGUAAAGAUAGCGUUAGUAAAUUCUGACGUGAACUUUUGUAGAUAUUAACAAGACCACGAGUUAGUUUAGGCAUAGAAGAAAAGUUCAGUCUCUUAUUUUCUCAAUCUUUUGUAACCCGACAAACGCGAGUUUUUAUUAUCGCCUGAACCUUUUUCUAAUAUCGGGAAUGACAUAGCAACAGCGUAAGUAGAGGAAACAGGAAGUUAUAUGCAAUAAAAAUGUUUUGUUAAUAGAAA